CGAAAUCCCUUUCUUCCUCCCAAAACAGCAGCAAACACACAAACCCCUCCAAUGGAAACGAAACAGAGAGAGAGGGGCUGAGUGGCGGAUGAGGAGAGGAGGAGGGAAGCUCGUCGCGCCGCGUGCUGGGCGCCACCAUUGCCGCCGCAUCGCCGCCAGAACUGCGCGAGUGACAGAGGGCAGCUCACCGCGUAGCGCCGCCUCUACAGUCCAUGCCGGCCUGGAACCACCACCAACACGUCUUGCCGUCACCACCCACACUCGAGGAGGAGAGAGAUCGAGUAGAGGGAGGCGCAAAGAGGGAGUGGGAGUCACGGCCAGCUGCGUCCUCAUCGCCGGAAAGAGGAAUCCGUUGCUGCGACGUUGCUGCUACCGUGGCUGUCGCGGUGUUCACCGCGUCUCUGGCCGCCGCCGGCAAGGUUCGAUCAGAGAGAAGCUUGAAAGACAGGGAGAUCGACGGGACGAAGUGGGUGAGCCGCGUCGGCGCCGUUGGGGUCUCACCGCCGCCGUCCCCGUGGUGGCUGGUGUCGUCGUCGGAGAAGGCCACCGGAGUUGCUGUCUGCCUCUGCCUCGGGGUUCUGCAAGCUGCCGGAGCCCACUGCCGCCAGAGCUGCCGAGAACCACCGCUGUGGCUGCCGCUGGGAUUGUGAACGGAAGGAGGAGAUGUUGUUUUCGUUACAGCCACUCCCGGAGGAGAAGUCAACCGCGCCGCCUGCCGAGUCACCGGAGAACUCUUCCGCUGCUAUUAUCAGAAAUUUGGGCCGCUGCCAUUAUUCAGAAUUUAUUAACGGAGCCGCUGCCAAGUCGAUUUGGAGUUUCGGCUGUUUCGUUUCGUUAAUUUAUGUUGCUAUGGUUAUUGCGAACGUGACUGGGAGCUGAGGUUUUGGUUACCGUCAGUUUGGUUUGAGGCGGAAAGGACUUGAUGAGGCAUUUUGGUUAUGGAAUUGCGUUUUGAGGUAGGGGCGCUUUCCAAAAACUAUAUUUUAUAUGCCGGAAUUAUUACAUAUGGGUACUAAUGUGAGAUAAUGUAUUUGGUGAUUGUAUAAGCCUUAUGUGAUGUUGAUUAUCCUGGAUGAAUGUAAUUAUAUGUUUGAAUGGAUUAUUAUUUGGUUCGGAUGAACGAACUGUUGUGUGGUUUUGUGAAACAUAAUGCCGUCCAAGUUGAUUCUUUAGAGAUUUGAAAUAUGAGUUUAAUCCGUUGAGGAUUGGUUUGAAUUGAGUCAAUUAUUUGAUGAUGUGAAAAAUAGAAUACUCUUGAAAUUCAGCCUGGGUUGCUUUAAUUAAUUUGGUCUUUGAUAAAUGAUUUAUUGCUAAACCGAUUCUUUAAAGCUUUGGAAAUGAGUUGAUUUUGAAAUGGUAUCCUUGAGAUACGCCACUGAGGCGAUUGUUGGAUUUAGCUUGUUUUAAAUUGAUUUCUGGUUUUGAGCUGUUGAAAAGGAAUGAGAAAUGGUUUAGUUGGGACCCGAACCGGGUGGCAAAAGUCCAAGUUUUAGGGGAGGUGCUGCCGAAAUUUCUACAAAAUUCUAGCCUUGUUUGAAAAGUUAUUUGAAAAGGGUUGGAUUUGAGAAGUUGUAUUAUUUGAUUUAUUAAGAGAAUAUUGAUGUUUUCAAGCUUAAUUUAUUUAGUGAACUUAUGCAUUGAGUUCGGCUUAUUUAGAAAUGACUAUUUGUACAGUUUGAAUCACUGAAGGAAAGAAUGAUGCUCUAAUAUUGAUUUUUAUAUAAAAAGGAGCUUUUAGUGGUUUUAAAGGAAACCAGACUUUUCAUUGAGUAAUUAAGUUUGAGGUAUUUUGGAAGAGCUAGAAAAAUGACUUCCAAAAAGAAACCUGAAAGUGGUUUGAUUCAAAUGAACCGGUACCGUUCAAAUGAGUUGAUUUUUGGACCGGGUUGGAACUUGUGAUUUUGUAUGGUCGGUUUCAUAAUAAAUUCAGUCUUAUUUAUUUGAACUGAGAAUCUAUGAUUUUAAGAGUUUCAAUGAAUUUUAAGGAAUUGAUAUAAGUUGACCUUCCCUAAAGACUUGGGACUCUGCCGAGAAACUUUUGUUAUAAAAUCCCAUCGUUGGAUGGAUGAUUUUGAAUGCUUUGAAAUAAAUCCUUAACUUGCCAUGGUUUGGAAGUUUGGAAAGAGAAUGCCGAGAGUGGCUCUGUUUUAAAAAGGGAACUCACUUUGAGUAAAUUUGGCUUAUGAGCCUGAGAUGAUUUGAGAAGCGAGAUUUCUAAAGCCAAGGCUAAAAAGAGUUGAAACUUGAUUUCAAAGUGAAAUGAAUAGAGAAAAUGAUUUAUGGCUUAAAUGCCGAUUUCAUGAAUUUGAUGAUUUUGAAUGUGGAAGUGCUGUUUUGUUGUGAGCCGG